GUGCACGCACGUAUAUGCCAUAUACUCGCAAACUGCUGCUGCUCCGAUCUCCUCCUCCUCCUCUUCGUUCUUUGUUGUUGUACAACGAGCCACCAGGCGCGGCUCUGGUGCAGCUGUCCUGCGAGCGUUUUUUUUUUUUUUUUCCUGUCGCGUAACUGCUGAUGCACCUGAUCAACGGAGCUUGCACCGACAACUCGUACCCGCCUAUCAACAAUCGAUCUGUCUCCACUUCCCAGUUUUCGGUUGGUUGUAACGCCUUGAAAUCGGCUGAACGGCAAACGGUGACGAUGCAGAGCACCGAGGGAGCGAAGAAAACCAAGGGCCCGAAAAAGACGGCUCGGAUGAAGUUGACGUUCACGUCUCCGGCGGCGGACGAAGCGGACAAGACUUUCGUCCCGGGCGGAAGCGGGAGUCUGGAGGAGCGCAAGGCCGCUUUCAUGAGGGACGAGGAGCUGAUGCGCGAGGCCAACAAGUUUGUCGCCGAAAUCGUGGAAAAAGCCAAAAUCGAAGCUGCAAAGAGAGCAGAGCAGAACGCUAAAACUAACGGAGAAACAAACGGCACAGGUAACGACAAAAUAAAAAACGAUAACACGAUAGCCGACUGGAAUAACAGGGCGCGGGGCUUCUGUAACCGAGUGUGGAACGCAGUGUUUCCGUGUUUCAAUAACAAUGAAUUACUCGUUUGGACGCAACCGUUCCGAUAUCGUUUUUCGAAACCUUAAUAGGAGCCACCGCUUCGUCGAUUCAUCAACUUACUUGAUUUUGUAAUUCGACAGUUUAUGUUCAUCUAUACGCGCACACUCUAUACAAAUUUCAACUCUUCUGCGCUUGUCAAGCCAGUACAAACUUAAUUGAAUAAUUUUUUGUCCAUAAAUACAAAAAAUACGACUGACACCACGUAGUUUUAAACUAAUCUUAUGUUUUAUGAGCAUCACAAGUUACUUGAUUUUUUGAAAUGCAGCAACUUCAAUGGACGAAAACUUUUAUAGCUCUUUCCUACUGAAAAGAAGAUAUUUCCAACUAACACCAUAUACAAUACUUUCUUAUGAAAUUCUAAACAUGAAAAACGUGUUGAAAUCACUGUCGUAGCACUGCAGAGCUUUUGCUUUAAAAAGUUUUGAUUUUGCACAAUUAUUUUUACUGUUUGGAACUUGUUGCUCUCAGUCGAAGAAAAUACGAAAGUUGGUUUUUUUUUGGAAAAAUAUUUUCACAGGUUAAUACCUAAGUAUACAAAAUAACAAUUAUUAGCGGAUAAUACCUACCUGCGAGAGUUGCUAUGAGCACGUAUCAAGUGUAACUAAUAUUAGUGUCGACAAGAUUGACUCUUGAAUCCAAGUGAGGAUAAAUGCUAUGUUUUGUUGUGAAAAAAAUUCUGUAAGCUAUUUUAUUGUAUGUUGCAAAUAUACACCGUAUAAACCUGUGAAUGUGAUAUAAUCUGGUGAUAACUUUUUCUUCAGCGGCACAAAAUAAGCCGUAAAAGGGAAAACCCACAAAUUAACUACUCUCGAUAAAAACAAAUGAAUAAACGUGAUGAACAUUUUUGUCCGAAACAUCACACAAAAAUAAUGACGAAAUUCCCAAAAAACAGAUUCUCUAAGUAUUAAGGGAUGUAAGGCAAACCUUAUACAUUAUAUUGACUGUUAUACGCUUAAAAGAAUAGGGUCCCGAAAUAUGUCCCAAUGUUCUCAGCUUACAUUAGAAAUAUAUUAUAUACAUAUAUAUACCUACCACGUACUCAUUACGUCCACGAAGCACAAUAAAACUCAAAGAUGUGAAUAUUUUGUUUGAUUAGUCCUCGUAAGCUGUGUACUGUUGAGCUACUUUUGUUGUCAACUUUGUGGUAUGUUCCUAGUUUUUACUACACACACUUACAUUAAAAAACAAAAAACCAUUAAGUGUGUCUAAGAAAAUUAAAAAAUUUGCGUGCGAGCGUGAUGAAAAAAAAAAAUGAUUUAAUUCAUUUACUUGAGUAAACUGUACAAAACUUGAUGAAGAAUCGUGCAUCGGAGCUACAAGUUUUGAAUUAAUUUGAUAUUUAUUUCUAAAUGUUCAAUGUAACCAUUAUCUGAUUCCAUCCUCCUAAAUGUAAGUAAGAGAGAAAAAUAAGAGGUAGGUGAUCAAAAAGAAAAAAAAAAAAAAAAAAAGUAUAAGUUUGAGCGACAAUCACUGAUGCAAUACUAUAUAUUGUAACAAAACACGAUUGAAUAUUUUAUUACUCCACGUGUAUCGAAGAAAACAAAAGUCUAUAAAUAUUUUUCAAAAUUGUUUUCUAAUUGUACGAAACAAGAUGUGUGAAACGUAUAUUGUAGUUGUAUAUCGUUACGUGUGUAGAACAACAUAUUAUUAAAAAUAAAAUACCUAUCAUAUCUAAAA